AUGGUCGCCCCAGCAGAUCCAUCGACCACUCAGCCAUCAGCGGGCGAGGCUAGCAGCUCGCUAGCCCCAGCUCCAGCACUGAAACAACUGAAUCUAGACAUUGAGGCUGCGGGCACAACGAGAAUCACAGAAUUGCAUAAGCUCGACGAGUUCAGAUAUCUUGCUUUUAAGAGCACAAGUUUGUACAAGGAAAGAAUGAAGAGGUUGCAUGACAAGAACAUUGUGGAGCGAAAGUUCAACCUCGGGGACAUGGUAUUGCUCUAUAAUUCAAGAUUAAGGCUAUUUCCGGGUAAGCUCAAGUCACGAUGGUCUGGACCAUUUCGAGUGGUCGAAGUAUUCCCUUCAGGGGCUGUAGAGAUUGUUGCAGAGAAAGACUCUCAUAUAUUUAGAGUCAAUGGGCAGAUAUUGAAACUAUAUGCGGGAAUGAAUGAACCAAAGGAAGUGGUAGAGAUUCACCUGACUGAACCUCAGAGGUCGAGCGAACCUUAA